AUGUCGGGACACGCCCCUAUUGAUUAUCAACAGCUAAGCGAGGCCCUUCAAACCUUUUUCCAAGAACACCCAGAGGUGGACAACAAUGUCGGGAUAGAAGCUUAUGCACUUCUCCAACGUGCCCAACAUGGGCUUGCUCAGUAUGCAAUGGAUCUACAGGAGGUGGAGAGGGAGGCUGGAAAUGCAAGGGAGAUGUUUGAACGAGACCUUGCUACUACUCGAACUCAACGGGUUGCUGUCGAAGUGGUUGCCCCUGAUGAAGAACCAAUUGGGAGUGAUGAUGUCCUACCUGUGCUCCCCCUACCACCCGUUAUAGCUACUACCAAAACGGUCGGAGAAACUUCCAGAUCCUGA